AUGGAUCGAGUCCAGUUCUCAGUUAACGGAGUUAAGCAUUCGGUUGGGUGUGAGGUGAGGUCCGACACCACUCUUCUGGAGUACUUGCGUCGUCACCUCGAGCUGCGAGGCACCAAGUACAAGUGCCUGGAGGCAGGAUGCGGCGCCUGCAUCGUGAGCGCUGUCAAGCGCCACGGAGAACCACCUCAGGGUAUCAAUUCUUGCAUGGUCAUGAUAACGUCAUGUCAGGACUGGGACAUCACGACAAUAGAGAAGGUGGGGAACCGCUUGGACGGCUACCAUCCGCUGCAGAGCACGCUGGCGGAGAGAGGCGGCUCCCAGUGCGGGUACUGCUCACCGGGGAUGAUCAUGAAUAUGUACAGCUAUUUGAAAGAGAAACCACGCACAAUGCGAGAAAUAGAGAGAGCCUUAGGAAGCAAUCUGUGCAGAUGCACAGGAUAUAGACCAAUAUUGGAGGCAUUCAAGACAUUCGCCUCCGAUGCGCCGAAACCCACCGACAUAUUGGACAUUGAAGAUUUGAAAAUAUGUAAGAAAUCCGGAGACCUGUGUACGGGGUCCAAAUGUGGACAUGCCGAUUGGUGCAUCGUUCCCAAACAAAAUCAAGUGCUACAUAUAAAACUCAGUGAUGAUAGAGACUUUUACAGAGUGGAGAAUUUGACUGAUGUGUUUAAUAUUUGGCGGGAAAGAGGAACGGAAUCUUAUAUGCUGGUCAAUGGGAACACAGGAAAAGGAGUAUAUCCAAUACUAGAGUAUCCCAAACUAUUAAUAGACAUCAGUGGUGUGUCAGAGCUUAAAGGUCAUUAUAUAGACCAGAACCUGGUGCUGGGAAGUGGAAACUUACUGGUUGAGGCUUUAGAAAUAUUUAAAGCUUUAUCAAGUUACGAGGGUUUCAAUUAUCUCAAAGUAUUAAGUAGACAUUUGGAGAAAGUUGCUCACGUCACUGUCAGAAACGUAAUUGGCAAAGAUGUAUCUUCCACCACGUCUCUGCUGGAGUACCUCCGAAGGUACCUCGAGCUGCGAGGCACAAAGUACAUGUGUCUGGAAGGGGGGUGUGGAGCCUGCAUCGUCAGUGCUGUUAUGGGCCCUGGUCAAUCUCCGCAGGCCGUCAAUGCUUGCUUGGUGUCAGUCACUUCAUGUCAUGGUUGGGACAUCACAACCAUUGAGCAAGUUGGAAACCGCCUGAAAGGUUAUCAUCCUUUACAAACAACUCUCGCAGAAUACAAUGGGACUCAGUGCGGCUACUGUACACCGGGAUGGGUGAUGGCUAUGUACUCUCUGUUGAAAAGUGAACCCAAAUUAACGAUGCUAGAUGUAGAGCAACAGCUUUCGGGAAACUUAUGCCGUUGCACUGGAUACAGAUCAAUUUUCGAUGCAUUCAAAAGAUUCGCUUGUGAUGCUCCUGUGCGAAUAGAAAUACCUGAUAUCGAGGAAUUGUGCAAUAAAACUCGAGAUUCAUGCUCGGGAAGGGAUUGCAAGAAUUACGACUGGUGUUUUGUAUCUAACGAUGAUAUCGAAGAUAGAAUUUUGUGUAUUGAACUGAAAGAUGGUAGACGAUGGUUUAGGGCACGAACAGUGGCUGAUAUAUUUCAAGUUUUGGCUACCCAGGGAGUUGAUUCUUAUAUGCUUGUUGCAGGAAAUACUGGGAAAGGAGCAUAUCCAGUUAUUGAAUACCCACGUAUACUUAUCGAUAUCAGUGGAGUAUCUGAAAUUAAAGGCUACAUUUUCGACCAGAAUCUAGUUGUUGGAGCUGGAACAACCCUGACAGAGUUCAUUGAAAUAUUACGAGAAGCAUCUGAUACAGAAUAUUUUGAGUAUCUUAAAAUUUUAAUUGAGCAUAUUCAGUUUGUUGCACAUGUAUCCAUUAGAAAUGUGAUUGGCAAAGAUGUGUCUUCCACCACGACUCUGCUGGAGUACCUCCGAAGGUACCUCGAGCUGCGAGGCACGAAGUACAUGUGCCUGGAGGCAGGCUGCGGAGCCUGCAUUGUUAGCAUCGUCAAGUGUCCUGGUCAACGCCCGCAAUCUGUAAAUGCUUGCAUGGUGACAGUUACGUCAUGUCAAGGUUGGGACAUCACAACCAUAGAGCAAGUCGGGAACCGCCUGAAAGGUUAUCAUCCUUUACAAACGACUCUCGCAAAUUACAACGGGACUCAGUGCGGCUACUGUACACCGGGAUGGGUGAUGGCUAUGUACUCGCUGUUAAAAAGUGAACCUAACCUAACGAUGCUAGAUGUAGAGAAGUCCCUAUCAAGCAACCUAUGUCGUUGUACAGGAUACAGGCCAAUUUUCGAUGCAUUCAAAAAGUUUGCUUCUGAUGCCCCAGGUCAAAUAGAAAUGCCUGAUAUCGAGGAAUUGUGUGAAAAAACUAAAGAAUCGUGUUUGGGAAAAGAUUGCAAGAAUUACGACUGGUGUUUUGUGUCUAACAAUGAUGUGGAAAAUAGUGUUCUGUAUAUCGAACUGAAAGAUGGUAGACAAUGGUUUAGGGUACAGACAGUGGCUGACAUACUACAAGUUUUGCGUACUCAGGGAGUUGAAUCCUAUAUGCUCGUUGCAGGAAAUACUGGCAAAGGGGCGUACCCGAUAAUUGAAUACCCACAUACACUUAUUGACAUCAGUGGAGUAUCAGAAAUUAAAGGCUAUUAUUACGAUCAGAAUUUAGUUGUUGGAGCUGGUACUACUCUGUCGGACUUUAUUGAAAUAUUACAAGAAGCGUCUGAAACAGAAAAUUUUGGGUAUCUUAAUAUUAUAAACGAACAUAUUCAGUUUGUUGCACAUGUAGCCGUUAGAAAUAUAGGAACAAUUGCGGGAAAUUUAAUGUUAAAACAUGCUCAUCGAGAGUUUCCAUCCGAUAUUUUCCUUCUUCUCGAGGCUAUAGGAGCGCAGUUAACUAUAAUUUCUUUAUCUAGCACUAAGAAGACUGUUAGCAUGGCCAAAUUUCUUGCUGAGGAUAUGAAAGGGAAGGUCAUAUUAAGCGUGUUGAUGCCACCGUUUUGUAAAGAAAGCAAAUUAGUUUCAUACAAGAUAUCACCACGAUCAAGAAACGCGCAUGCAAUAGUUAACGCUGGUUUUUUCUAUAAAAUUAAGCCUGACAAUCGGGUAGCGGACUGUAGAAUUGUUUACGGUGGUUUGUCGCCAAACUUCAACAGAGCCACCAAAACGGAGAAAUAUUUGAUCGGGAAAAUUCUUUUCAACAAUGACAUAUUGCAAAAAGCUAUGAAAAUGUUAUCGGAUGAAAUUAUAGUAACAGAACUGCCACCUGAACCUUCAGAAAAAUAUAGAAGAAAACUGGCACUUGGGUUAUUUUACAAGGGUCUCCUAUCAUUGUGCCCUGAGAAUAUACUACUAAAUCCACGAUACAAAUCUGGAGCCAUAAAGCUACCUGAAACCCGCCCGCUCUCAACAGCCUCUCAGUCCUUUACAACUGAUCCAACUGUUUGGCCAAUCAACCAGCCUCUACCCAAAGCAGAAGCUCUGUUACAAUGUGCAGGAGAAGCUAAAUAUGCUGAAGAUAUUCCGAAAUUACCAAAAGAAGUCUUUGCUGCAUUUGUACUCAGCACCGUGGCCUUGGGAACUAUUACGAGUAUAGAUGCUACUGAAGCAUUACAACAAGAUGGAGUUCUAGCAUUUUACACAGCAAAGGAUAUACCUGGUCGGAAUGCUUUCUCGACACCCGAUAUAAGUGCUUUAACAACAGAAUCUGAAGAAAUACUUUGUAGUGGAGAAGUAAAAUAUUAUAAUCAACCAAUAGGAAUCAUAGUAGCCGAUACAUUUUACUUAGCGAACAGAGCUGCAUUGAUGGUUAAAGUAACUUAUAGUAAUGUUAGAAAACCAGUAGUUGAUAUUAAAGUAAAUAAAAACAAUCCUCAAAAAACUACGCUGUAUUCAUCUAUACAAGCAACAAAAACAGGCAAUGAAGUUGCUAAAAUUAUAAAAGGCAGUCGUACAAUAUUAUGGCAAUAUCAUUUUUGUUUUGAGACCAUGAUGUGUGUAUCUCAUCCCACCGAAGAAGGAUUAAAAGUUUAUCCGACUUCUCAUUUCAUGGAUUCAAAUCAGGUUCAAACGGCUCGUUGCUUAAAUAUUGAAGAAAGCAGAGUAGAUGUCGAAGUACAUCGCCUUGGUGGUAGCUAUGGUUCGAAGAUAUCAAGGCAGAACAUGGUGUCUACUGCCUGUACUUUAGUUACAUACAAAUUAAACCGACCCUGCAGAUUUAUUUUACCUCUAAGAAGUCAAACACGAGUAUUAGGAAAGAGAAUGCCAUCAACGACGGAUUAUGAAAUUGGUGUCAAUAAAAAUGGAGUCGUGCAGUAUAUUAAUUAUGACUUAUAUACCGAUAACGGUUUCAUAGUUAACGAGAAUCUCAUAGCAUUAUCAGUUGAAACAUUUUCUAAUUGCUAUAACCAAGAAGCGUGGAAUUAUAGAAGUUUUAAUGUCAUAACUGAUACUCACUCCAACACCUGGUUUCGUGCACCAGGGACUUUAGAGUCUAUAUCUAGUACGGAGGAAAUUAUGGAGAGAAUAGCCUAUGAGCUUGGUAUAGAUCCCUUGCAAGUUCGCUUGAAUAACUUGGACAGAACAAAGUAUAGUGAUCUUGAAGAAAUGGUUAAUACCCUUAUAACUGAUUCAAAUUACAAUGAAAGAAGAAUUGCUGUUGAUAAAUUUAAUAAAGAAAACCGAUGGAAAAAACGUGGUUUGAGGUUUACACUGAUGAAAUGGUUGAGUUCAACUCCAUUUUGCUUAAAUGUAACAAUGUCAGUUUUUCAUGACGAUGGCUCUGUUGCCAUAACUCACGGCGGUGUUGAAAUAGGACAAGGAAUAAAUACCAAAGCGAUACAAGUGUGUGCAUACUUUCUUAAGAUACCAAUUAACAAAAUUUUUAUCAAGCCAAAUACUGCAAUAUUAAAUCCAAACAACUAUCCUACAACGUCCAGUCUGACGUCACAAAAUGUUCAGAUAGGGGUACAAAGAUGUUGCAAACAAUUGCUUGAAAGACUGGAGCCUGUGAAGAAAAAAAUGACUAAUCCAACAUGGGAAGAACUUAUAGCCAAAGCAUAUGAAGAAAGGAUUAACCUACAAGCUAAUGCUUAUGUAGAUGCUAAUGAUGUAUACGAUUUCAAUGUUUAUGGUGUAAGUUUGGCCGAAUUGGAAGUUGACAUAUUGACAGGACAGUUCCAAAUAAAAGGAGUUGAUAUAUUAGAAGAUGUAGGUCGUAGUGUAAAUCCAGAUAUCGAUAUUGGACAAGUUGAAGGAGCUUUUAUAAUGGGUGUUGGAUAUUUCACAAGUGAAGAGAUUGUGUUUGACUGUAACACAGGAGAACUACUGACGGAUCGAACUUGGAACUUUGUACCAGGAGGAACAGAUAUCCCACAGGACUUGAGGAUUUAUUUCAGGAAAAAAUCAUACUCCAAUGAUGCAAUCUUAGGAUCAAAAUUAACAUCAGAGCCGGCAACAUGUAUGGGAGUGGUUAUACCUCUUGCUUUGCGAGAAGCCAUUACUGCAUCAAGACUGGAAUCUGGAUUUUCCUCAAAAAAUUGGUUUAUUAUUGAUGGCCCAUAUACUGUUGAGAAGAUUGGUUUGGCUUGUGAGACUAAACUGGGGGAAUUUAAAUUCUAUUAAUAAUAAUUCAAUUAUUGAAGCUUUUUGUUUAAUACAUGCAAACGAAAUGGUUUAUUGUUACGUAUAUGUACGAAAUAAAAUUUUACAGUAGGAGCAAAAAACUAAAUGAAUGGUUUUGAAAACUGCAGUUGUAUCGUUUUGAUUGAGAUCAUGUUUUAAAUUUUUGUUACUAAUUAUUCUUUAAGUCUUUCAAAUAAUAUGUGAUUAGAUUACACAUUUCGCAUUUUUAACCCCCGACCCAAAAAGAGGGGUGUUAUAAGUUUGACGUGUGUAUAUGAGU